AUGGAACACAACUCCUUUAUGGUGUACCACUGGGUAGAGAUGCGGACCAAGAUGCGCCUCAUGGGCUUCAAGGCUGAAGCUGUCAAGCCGCUGAACGAGGAGGUGGCCACCCAGCUGGGCGCCGAGUUGCUGGGCGAGGUCACCAUCUUUGCGGCGGCCGGCGGCUGUCUGAUGCUGGAGUACUGGCGCCAAAAGAUGCAGCAGCGUAGCAAGGAGAGGGAGAAGCGCGUCGCCUGGGACUCGAUGCGGGAUGAGGUGGAACACCUGGAGCUGGCGCUGGAGGCGCUGCAGACACAAAUGCAGGCGGUGGCGCCGCUGAGCGCCCUGAUAGAGCUGCGGGCAGAGAUACGGGAAGUGCGCGCCCAGCUCUGCAACCCGGACGGGGACGCCUCGGACGGGGACGCGCCGUCUGCGCCCCAGGUGGAGCCGAGGCCCGAGGAAUAGGAGGCUGCAGGGCCCUAGUCUCGGACGUGACCGUUGUCCUGGUUGCGAUUUCUCCGACAUGGCCUUCUUUCCUCACUGUUCCUUUCUGAACCGGCCUAAUACCACCUGGUACUUCUAGGGGCAGAAGGUAUUCUAGACUAGGGCUGAUCCAAUCAGGCUUUUGGUCACUUCCUGCCACUGGGUGGGCCACCGAGACACUUGGACCUAGCCAACUCUCAUUCUGUCACUCACACCUCCACUUACCUGAGGAGUGGCCCUUUCCUGAGGGCCCUCACCCAUCACACCAGAAUACCCUUUUGCCCCCUUUUCAUGUAGAAAUGUCCAAUGGACUUCCAUCUACCUCACCUUUUUGGGGGGAGGGGCCGGGGAAUAUAAGGUUGGAUCUCGGAAUGCGUUUGCUCCAAUGAGUCAUCUCGUGGCACCUAUCUUUAGUUUCCCAUUGCUGCCUCUACUGGGAUCCUCUCAAAUGGAUCAUUCCAACAGAACCACACCCUUCGUCUGUGGAACAACCCACUGGAAAGGCUAUGCAGAGUCCCCACUGCAAUUCCACCAAAUCCCCCCCCACACACACACCCCACCCCCCACCUUCUGUGAUCUGUUCCAGGAGGGCAUGGCUCUUUGGGGUGGAAAAAUUGAAUUCUGUUUUGGUCAAAGCCCCUUUUUACCUGUCCUGAAGUUCUGGACCUACUGCUGUCCUUACCCACCAUCCUCCCCUGCUGGCCUCUCAUAGGGACCCACCUGUUCCCCCCACUACAUGGGUAACUCAUAUUCCCCCAUCUUCCAUCCAAACCUGCUCUUCAGAGUACUCAGGGAUUCUCCUGUCCUUCUUGCCUUUGGACUGCCCGCCUCCCCCAAACUCCUUCAUGCAAAGGCUUCCUCCAUGGGACCACCGGCCCCUCAGCCUUUAAGUUCCCCACCCCCAUCCAAAGAGACUAUUCCACCAGGCAGUGUUACCUACCCAACCUACACCCUGCCAACCCACUGAACCACUGAAGGGGGUGUGUGUGAGCAGUUAAUUCUGAAUUCCAUUUUUUUAGACUGUAAAUGUUUUAUAAUUAAAGGAGCUCUGGGGUCAAGGAGUCAUCUUAAGAA